CAUAUUUAAUACGUCAGAUGCUAAGUAUUUUUAGCUAUUCCUCGACAGAAACGUAAAGCCAGUCGCGGCUAAAUACAGCAAGCCAUAACAAUAAGUAAAAAUGAAUGUAGUGGACCAUGUUCGGGAUAUGGCUGCAGCCGGACUGCACUCAAAUGUUCGCAUAUUGAGCAGUUUGAUGCUGACGAUGAGUAAUAACAAUCCGGAGCUGUUUUCGCCAGCCCAGAAGUAUCAGCUGCUGGUUUACCAUGCAGAUGCCAUUUUCCAUGAUAAGGAGUACCGUAAUGCUGCCUGCAAAUACAGCAUGGCCCUUCAGCAGAAGAAGGUGCUCAACAAAACCUCUAAAGUCCGGACUUCAGCUGGGGGAGCAGCAUCCAACAUUCAGGCUCAGAGUUUGCCUUCAGAAAUAGAGGUAAAAUACAAAAUAGCAGAGUGCUACACUAUUCUGAAACUGGAUAAAGAUGCCAUUGCUGUGCUCGAUGGGAUACCAUCUAGACAAAGGACUCCAAAGAUCAACAUGAUGCUAGCUAACCUGUACAGGAAAGCUGGCCAGGAACGUUCUGCUGUGACGAGCUACAAGGAGGUCCUCAGACAGUGUCCCCUUGCUUUGGAUGCCAUAAUUGGCCUUCUGUCUCUGUCAGUUAAAGGAGCUGAAGUAGCAUCUAUGACCAUGGAUGUGAUCCAGAGCAUUCCUAACUUGGACUGGCUUUCUGUUUGGAUCAAAGCCUACGCCUUCAUUCAUGCAGGAGACAAUCAGAGAGCCAUCAGCACUAUUUGCUCCCUGGAGAAGAAGUCUCUCUUGCGGGACAAUGUGGAUCUCUUGGUGAGCCUGGCCGAUGUUUAUUUCAGGGCAGGGGACACCAAAAAUGCCAUUCUUAAAUUUGAACAAGCGCAGAUGUUGGACCCAUAUCUCAUCAGGGGAAUGGAUGUUUAUGGAUACCUAAUGGCCCGUGAGGGACACCUGGAGGAUGUUGAAGUCCUAGGAGGGCGAUUAUUUAAUAUCUCUGACCAACAUGCUGAACCCUGGGUAAUCUCUGGCUGUCACAGCUUUUACAGCAAGCGUUACUCCAGGGCCCUCUACCUGGGGGCCAAGGCCAUCCAGCUAAACAGCAACAGCGUGCAGGCCCUCCUCCUAAAGGGGGCAGCACUGAAAAACAUGGGUCGUGUUCAGGAGGCUAUCAUCCAUUUCAGAGAGGCCAUGCGUUUGGCCCCCUGCCGACUUGACUGCUAUGAAGGUCUGAUUGACUGUUACCUGGCAUCCAAUGGGAUUCGAGAAGCUAUGGGGAUGGCAAACAACAUCUAUAAGACUCUAGGGGCCAAUGCUCAGACUCUGACCAUCCUGGCCACUGUGUGCCUGGAAGACCCGGUUACUCAAGAGAAAGCCAAAACUCUGCUGGACAAAGCACUCGCCCAGAGACCGGACUACACCAAGGCUGUGGUCAAAAAGGCUGAGCUGCUCAGUCGGGAACAGAAGUACGAAGAGGGGAUUGCCCUCCUGCGCAAUGCUCUGGCCAAUCAAAGUGACUGCAUCCUCCACAGGAUGCUGGGGGAUUUCCUCGUGUCUGUCAACGAUUACCAAGAGGCCAUGGAUCAGUACAGUAUAGCAUUAAGCCUGGAUCCUAAUGACCAGAAGUCCUUGGAAGGAAUGCAGAAGAUGGAGAAGGAGGAGAGCCCCACAGAUGCCACGGUGGAGCUGGAUGGUGAUGACAUGGAGGGCAGCGGCGAGGACGGAGAUCUGGAAGGCAGCGACAGCGAAGCAGUUCAGUGGGCUGAUCAGGAACAGUGGUUUGGUAUGCAGUGACCCAGAUCUACCGAGGAACUCUUCGUGCCACUUUCUUAACACACAUGUAGACUGCAGUCAGGGCAGAGGUGGCCUCGCUACAUUUUACUUCCUCCAUGAGCAUGUUGACUAACACCAUGUGACCGAUGCUCCAGAGAAUAAAGACAGCGCAGCCAUGAAACUCUUAAGAGAACUACAGGUUUCUUUUCAACUAAGAUUAUUUUAUUGCAGAGCUCGGGUGAAAUCCUGACGUGUUCACAUUUUGUAUCAUUCUGCUAGCAUCAGUUUCCUUUUGAUAUUUCUUCACUUCCUGGCUUUCAGGCAGUGCGAUGAACUUGGGACCUGUUCUGUAUUGCCACGAGAUGUUUUUAGUCCACAUUGAGGCAGUUUAGCAGGUACAAUUUGUCCCUCGUCCUCUGGUGUGAAAUGUUGUCUGUAUCCAUGUCUUGGUCUAUUGCAGUAGUUCUCAGCCCUGGUCCUUGAGGAACACCAUCCUGCAUGUUUUAGUUGUUCCCCUGCUGUGACACCUGCUUUGAAUGACUGGGUGAUUAACAGGCUUCUGCAGAACUUGAAGUAAUUAAUUCACUAAAUCAGGUGUGUUGGA